GAGAGGAUAAAGAACAAGGUGAAUCGACAACUAAAUUUCUCAAAGCGAAGGAAUGGGUUGUUGAAGAAGGGCUCUGAGCUUUUUGUUCUUUGUGACGCCGAGGUCGCUCUCAUCCUCUUCUCCAGCCGUGGCAAGCUCUUUGUGUUUGUCUCCUCUGGGUAUGUAUAUGUGCCAUUCACUUCCUCUCUUUGUCCUUUGGGAAAAAAGUGGGGAAUGGUGAUUGAUGAGAUGAGAGGGAGAGGGGAAUGGUGA